AUGAAAAUUACGAGCACAUCUUGCAUCUGUCCAGUCCUCGUGUGUCUCUGUUUUGUGCAGAGGUGUUAUGGAACUGCUCAACACAGCUCCAUCAAGGGGACCAGAAACCAAACCAAACACAUCGAAGGUGAAACCGAAGUCCACCACCGUCCCAAAAGAGGAUGGGUUUGGAAUCAGUUCUUUGUUUUAGAAGAACACAUGGGGCCAGAUCCACAAUAUGUUGGAAAACUGCACUCUAAUUCUGACAAAGGUGAUGGGUCUGUGAAGUACAUCCUUACUGGAGAAGGUGCUGGGACUAUAUUUAUCAUUGAUGAUACCACGGGUGACAUCCACUCAACAAAAAGUCUAGACAGAGAGCAGAAGACCCACUAUGUGCUUCAUGCUCAGGCUAUUGACAGACGAACAAACAAGCCCCUUGAACCUGAAUCUGAGUUUAUCAUCAAAGUGCAAGACAUCAAUGACAAUGCUCCAAAGUUCACAGAUGGACCAUAUAUCGUAACUGUGCCUGAAAUGUCAGAUAUGGGUACCUCUGUUCUACAGGUGACAGCCACUGAUGCAGAUGACCCUACCUAUGGAAACAGUGCUCGGGUGGUUUACAGCAUUCUCCAGGGACAGCCCUACUUCUCUGUAGACCCUAAAACAGGAGUUAUUAGAACUGCCUUACAUAAUAUGGACAGAGAAGCCAGAGAACAUUACUCAGUGGUUAUUCAAGCCAAAGACAUGGCUGGGCAAGUUGGAGGGCUGUCGGGAUCCACCACGGUCAACAUCACCCUGACAGAUGUCAAUGACAACCCCCCAUGGUUUCCUCAAAAGCACUAUCAGCUGUAUGUUCCUGAGUCAGCCCAAGUUGGUUCAGCUGUUGGGAAAAUCAAGGCAAAUGAUGCAGACACUGGUUCAAAUGCGGACAUGAUAUACUCCAUCAUUAAUGGUGACGGUGUUGGGAUAUUCUCUAUCUCCACUGACAAAGAGACCAGAGAGAAAAAAAAGCCACUGAACUAUGAGAAAAAGAAGUCAUAUACCCUCAACAUAGAAGGAGCCAAUACACAUCUUGAUUUUCGCUUUUCUCACUUGGGUCCUUUUAAAGAUGCUACCAUGCUGAAAAUCAUUGUUGGGGAUGUAGAUGAACCACCACUAUUUUCCAUGCCUUCCUAUGUCAUGGAAGUCUAUGAAAAUGCCAAGAUUGGGACUGUUGUUGGCACAGUUUUGGCACAAGAUCCCGACAGUGCUAACAGCUUAGUAAGAUACUUCAUCGACUACAAUGCUGAAGAUGACAGGUUUUUCAACAUUGAUGCCAACACUGGAACCAUUAAGACUACCAAGGUUCUUGAUAGAGAAGAAACUCCAUGGUACAACAUCACAGUUGCUGCUUCAGAAAAUGAAAGUGGUGUCUUAUUAUCACAUAUCACAGUUCUGGUGGAAGGGUACUUUCUCAAUAAAUACCUGUGGAACAUUUAUGUUACAUAUAACAAUGUAAUCCAUAAUGGAGCUAUUUG